CCGCCGCCGCCGCCGCCGCCGCCGGGGCCCCGCCGCCGCCUGCCGCCGCCAAGCCGCCUUCAGCACCGGGCGGCGGCGGACAGCUCCCGGGCAGCGCGCCGGGGCCCAGUUCCCCUUGCUAACGAGUCGCCGACCCCUCUGCCUCGGACUCUGCCAGCGAGAACUUGUUCCUAGGCUGCUCGGAACCAUUUCAGAUUAAAUACCUGCAGGGAUAUUUAGGCCGGCGUAACAAGAUCAGCCGAAGGAGCCGUGCAGAUCUGCCGUCUCUGUCCGGUUUUGGGGCUGCCGUGGGACUCCCCCGUUGCUGCCCGGGGAAAUAGUCUGAAAACCUUACACGUGGUACGGCCGGAUUUCAGGGUCUUGCAUUUAGACUCAUAAGAUUUGCGUUCAAGAAACCGUGCGUACGCUAUGGAGGAGAGACUUCAGAGCGUAGAAAACGUCCUAUAGAAGUAAUGUCAUCUCACCGGCUCGCAACAUCCGCCUCUGUCGACAAACUUUGCUUUUCUGCUCGCGUGCUCUGGGUGAGGCGCGGCGGGGCCGGAGGAUGAAGGGAAGACACGAGACGGUUGGGCUCUGCCGGCGGGGUGCAGCUCUGCAAAAGGCAAACGCGGUGCAGGAUCGCAUCAGGCGAGCACGCCAAGGAGACCAGAGCAGCUGGACCAGGCAGCGGGCCAGCGGUCGGCAUCCCCCUCCCCGGCACAGCCUGCGCCCAGCUCCCAGAGCCCCCGGGAGAUGAGGGGCCGGGGCCAGCCCGGACCGCCGGCGGAGGGACCGCGGAGGAUGCUGCAGGUGGACGCCAGGAGCCAGGGCUCGGGGAGGUCUCCCUCGGCAUCGCCGGACCGCGGCAGCACCCCUACCUCUCCCUACUCGGUCCCGCAGAUCGCCCCCCUCCCCAGCAGCACGCUCUGCCCCAUAUGCAAGACGACGGAGCUCACCUCCUCCCCCGGCCAGCCGAACUUCAACGCCUGCACCCAGUGUCACAGCAAGGUCUGCAACCAGUGCGGCUUCAACCCCAACCCGCACCUCACCCAGGUGAAGGAAUGGUUGUGCUUGAACUGCCAGAUGCAGCGGGCGCUGGGGAUGGACAUGACCACCGCUCCUCGCUCCAAGAGCCAGCAGCAGCUGCACUCUCCUUCGCCGUCCCCCUCCCACUCCCCGGCCAAGCACCCGCCGCCCCCGGGUGCGGACAAGUCCCCGCCAGCCGCCCGCGCCCCACCGUCCGAGCCGCCCAAACCUCACCCCGCGACGCCGCAGAGGGAACCGCACGGCCAGGGCCAGACGAAACCUCAGGAGGCGGCCAGGUCGUCCCCGCAGCAUCAGCAAGCCAAGCCUUCCUCCUCCGAGCAGAGAAAGACGGCGGGAGACGCGGGGGCGAAGCCAGCCGCCCUGGCCCCCGGAGCAGGAGCACAAGAGCAAGCCCAGGAGGGGCUCACCGGGAAGCUCUUCGGUUUCGGGGCGUCCCUCCUGACCCAGGCGAGCACGCUCAUGUCCGUCCAGCCAGAGGCCCCACCUCCGAGCCAGCUUUCUCCUGGCAAAGUGCCUCCAAAAAUCGUCUUCAGUGAUGCCAGCAAAGAAGCUGGUCCCAAAGCCCCGGGGGCGCAGGGCCGGGCUGGUGCCACGCCAGCUGCCAAGCCCAGCAAGCCGGAGCAGGGCGUCAAGCCGAAGGAAGUGCCGAAAGCAAGGGUCUCGUGCCCGCUCUGCAAGGCGGAGAUCAACGUGGGCUCCGGUGAGCCCCCCAACUACAACACCUGCACGACCUGCCGGCAGCAGGUCUGCAACAUGUGUGGCUUCAACCCCACGCCUCACCUGGUGGAGAAGAACGAAUGGCUGUGCUUGAACUGCCAAACUCAGCGGCUGCUCGAAGGCGGCCUCGGCGACCCUGCCCCGAUGCCGCUGCCCGCCCCAAAGCAACCGCCCGCCGGCUCCCCGCGCCACCAGCCGCCAGCCGCCGGCCAGCAGCAGAGAGCGCCCGCGCUGGCGCCCGCCGAACCGGCGGCACCCCCGGAGCGGCAGCCCUCACCCGCGAGGACCCUCCGGGCUGCCGAGCAGAGCAGGACCCCCAGCCCUGCCCCGGCGGAGAAGAAGCCCCCGGUGCCAGCAGAGGAAAAGCCGCCGCCCAAAGCCGCCCCGGAGCCAUCCAGAGCUCCCGAGGGCGCCGCGCCAAAAGGGAAGAGCACGACCCCCAAACCAGAGGCAGAGAGCAAGGAGAGCCGGGCACCCCCCGAGGUGCCGCGGGCGAAGGAGCAGGAGGACGGGAGCAAGCCUUACCCCCCGGACCUGUCCCGCAGCCCCCAGAGCCUGAGCGACACCGGCUACUCCUCCGACGGCAUCUCCAGCUCGCAGAGCGAGAUCACUGGCCUGGUGCAGCAGGAGGAGGAGAAGCUGAGCGGCACCGGGCUGGCCGGGCAGAGCCCUCCCAGCCCCUCCGAGCUCACCAAGCUGGAGAGCAGCAUGCGGCCCCUCCUAGAAGGCCGGGGUGCCCCACCGGAGCCCGCUGAGCGCAGCAAGGGCUGCCCGGAGGCGCGGGAGGAGCAGCGGCAGCGGCAGCGGCCACGGUACCUCUCCAUCACCCCCGAAGCCUUUGACUCGGAUGAGGAGCUGGAGGACAUCCUGGAGGAGGACGAAGACUCGCUGGAGUGGGAGAACCAGCGGGAACGGCGGGAGAGCGCGGAGUCCUCGGACGAGUUCGGCAGCAAGCUGCGGCACGACUACGUGGAGGACAGCAGCGAGGGGGGCUUCUCCCCGGUGCCCCCCCGGCCCAAGGGCCAGGAGGCGGAGGUGAGCGACGAGGAGUUCAUGCGGAGGCAGAUCCUGGAGAUGAGCGCGGAGGAGGACAACCUCGAGGAGGAGGAAGAGGAGGAGGGCUACGGGCGCGCCAAGUACGGCAUCCCCAAAGCCGGGCAGAAGGCCGAGGCAGAGAAGGGCAAAGAGCCGGCAUCGGCCAAGCGGCGCCUGCCGCACGGCCCUGGCAGCCUGUACAAGGAGGAGAGGAAGGAGCUGGAGGCAGCGGAGGGCGACGACUUGAGCACGGCUCAGGGCGGGCUGCGGCGCUUCAAGACCAUCGAGCUGAACAGCACGACCGGCUACGGCCGGGAGAUGGAGAUGGGCCAGGAGGCGGAUGCCAGCCUGGAGAGGGAGCCCGAGCUGGAGAUGGAGAGCCUGACGGGCUCCCCCGAGGAGCGCUCCCGGGGCGAGUACUCCUCCACCCUGCCCGCCACGACACCCAGCUACACCUCGGGCACCUCGCCCACCUCCAUCUCCUCCCUGGAGGAGGACAGCGACAGCAGCCCCAGCCGCCGGCAGCGGCUGGAGGAGGUGAAGCAGCAGAGGAAGGCUCGCCACCGCUCGCACGGCCCCUUGCUGCCCACCAUCGAGGACUCGUCCGAGGAGGAGGAGCUGCGGGAGGAAGAGGAGCUGCUGCGGGAGCAGGAGAAGAUGCGGGAGGUGGAGCAGCAGCGCAUCCGGAGCACGGCGCGCAAGACCAAGCGUGACAAGGAGGAGCUGAGGGCCCAGCGGAGGAGGGAGCGCUCCAAAACCCCCCCCAGCAACCUCUCCCCCAUCGAGGACGCCUCCCCCACCGAGGAGCUACGGCAGGCGGCGGAGAUGGAGGAGCUGCACCGCUCCUCCUGCUCCGAGUACUCGCCCUCCAUCGACUCGGAGGCCGAGAGCUUCGACGCUGUGACCUCCAAGCUGUACAAGUCAGGCAGCGAGUACAACCUGCCCACCUUCAUGUCGCUGUACUCCCCGACCGAGAAGGGGGAGAGCGGCCCCAGCCAGCCCGCCAGCAAGCCCCUCAAGAGCGCCGAGGAAGCCUACGAGGAGAUGAUGAGGAAGGCAGAGAUGAUGCAGAAGCAGCAGGUCCAGCAGGCCCAGCCAUCCGUGUCCUAUGGCGGCGCCUACCAGCAGGUCGGCUACCACGGCACCGAAAGCCAGAACGGCUUCGAGUACCAGUACGCCGAGGAGUACCGGUACGACGGCGGCCCCGCGCGCCCCUCCCAGCCCGGCUAUCCAAGCGCCCUGCCGAAGGCGGGCAUGGUGUACGAGGAGAUCCUGCAGACCUCCCAGAGCAUCUCCAGGAUGCACCAGUCCUCCUCCUUCGACCUGGCCCUCGAGCAGGGAGAGAAGGCAAAGGGGCAGGAGGAGGCGUACCAGGAGAAGCACUUCCUCAACGCCGAGAGCGCCUACGCCGACCUGAUGAAGCAGAACGGUGGUCCGCUCACCCCCGGCACCAGCCCCACGCAGCUCUCCGCUCCCGUCUCCUUUGCCGCCUCCGACGGCAGUGCGGGCAAGGCCAUUCCUGACGUCCGGGUCACCCAGCAUUUUGCGAAAGAGGGGCAAGACCUAGCCAAGCUCCAGAGCACCCCGGCGGCACCCAGCCCGGCACCCAAGGCUGCCGCCACUCCUUACGCCUACGGCAAAGGCACCGGCACGGUGACUGCAGCGGCAGCAAGCGGCCCCGGGAGCACGCCACGGAGCUACAGCUCCUCAGCUCCGGAGGCCCCGUCGGUAGCCAGCAGAAGCUACGGUCCGGGGAAGAGCACCGUCAGCUACGGCUCACAGACGGAGGAUGCCGGCAGGAGCAAGGCGGCGGUGGAGAUCAGCGUGCAGACGGCCAGGGAAAAGCUCCCGGCCACGAGCGACAGCAAGCCCCCAACGCCCAAGACCUACCCCUUCUUCAAGAGCUCCAGCCCUCCGCUCUCGCCCACCUCCCCCACGCACAGUCCCACCCGUGCCACAAAGGCCACGGCAGAGUUUUCCACGCAGACGCAGAGCCCCCUCCUCCCCUACGAGGGUCCCGCCGCCGCCGCCAGCCCCGCCGCCUCUUCCCCCAUGGUGGCGCAGGGGACGCAGACGCCGCACCGGGCGGGCUCGCCGCGCCUGGCCCGACAGCCCUCCUCGCAGGACGCCCCCUUCAUGCUGAUCACGCUGGCGGCUGACGCUGCCAGCCAAACCAAGCCGGCCAGCUCCGGCUCCUUGACGUCUCCCACCUCGUCCCCCACCAGAGCAAGCCGGCAGCUGCCGGGGCAUGGCUACAGCCAGGAGCCAGAGCAGGCGCCGGGCACCUACAUCAGGGCGCAGCCGGUGAAGGAGCACGCCCAGAAGACACCCGCCGUGACUUCAGCCGCCGACAGCAUCGCGGGGCUGUACGGCUGGGGAGCGCUCCCCGCGGAAAACAUCUCCCUCUGCCGCAUCUCCUCCGUCCCCGGCACGUCCCGGGUCGAGCCGGGGCCCAAGGUGCCGAGCACUAAUGCCGUGGACUUACGGACUGCGCUGAAGUCCGCUCCCAUCAUCAUAACGGACCAAGGCAUGGAUCUCACCUCCUUGGCCACCGAGGCCAGGAAGUACUGCCUGACCUUGGACCACAUCCCGAGCCGGCAGUCCACGGCCAUCCAGCCCUUGAUCAUCAACCUCAACGCCCAGGAGCAGCCUCACGCCAUCAUCGCGGCAGCCAGCACCACCGGCCUGGCCAUCGCCUCCCCCGUGCUCCUCUCGCAGCCCAAGCAGCCCGUGGUCUACGGAGACCCUUUCCAGAGCCGGGUGGACUUCGGGCAGGGGACCGGGAGCCCAGUGUGCUUGGCGCAGGUGAAGCAGGUGGAGCAGGGUGUCCAGACGGCCGCCGUCAGAGCCAGCGGGACGGCCGGCGGCAAGCCCGAGCCCACCGCUCCCCCCCAGACCAAGUUUGCGAGGUACGGCAUGCCGGGCCAGAUGGUGAAGAAGGACGUGCUCAUCACACAGACCGGCGGGGCGCAGCCCUUCCCGUCGGAGCCAGGUUCGGAGUUGUACCGUGCCGUGCCGGUGGAGCUGAAGAGCCAGAGCCCUCUCCUCACGCUGGGUGGCAAGAAGUCCCAGGUGAUGAUGGUGCAGAUGGAGGAGGCGGCGUCCGGCCCGGUGACCAAAGUGCUGAAGGAGGAGCCGCCGGCCAACGUGCUGGACCUCACAGGCGUGAAGCCAGAGAGCCAGGUGGCCUGUUGUGAUGUGGUCUACAAGUUCCCCUUUGGCAGCAGCUGCACUGGCGCUUUCAACCCCACCUCCAAGAUGCCGGAGAAGAAAGCCGGGGAGACGCCAGUGCCCAGCCGGAAAGCCAGCGGGCCCCUCUAUGGCAGCAGAGAGCCAGAGCUGCCGGAGACCUUCCCCUACCGGGAGCAGCCGGCCCCGGCACCCGCACUCUACGAGGAGCAGAAGUUUUACCCCGCCGGCGCCUUCGGCCGCCUCUACUCCUCCAUGUCGGACACGAACCUCUCCGAAAUCGGGAUGAGCUACUACCCCACGAAGGGGGAUCAGCCCUUCCCCUCCCCGGCGGGUGACGCCGCCGUGGACCUCAGCACCAUGAAGCACUCCUACAGCGUGGGCUUCGCCGAGGGGGGUUACCUGGGCCACGGGCUGCAGUACGGCUCCUUCUCCGACCUCCGCCAGCCGGCGGAGCUGCUGGGCCACCCGCUCCCCAUGCGGAGGUACAGCUCGGCCUCCAACAUCUACUCCGACUACCGCUUCUCACCCCGGGGCGACCUGGCCAGCUUCCAGGAGUCCAGCCUGGCCCACUACAGUGCCACCACGGCGCGCGAGAUCAGCCGCAUGUGCGCCGCCCUCAACUCCAUGGAUCAGUACGGGGGCCGGCACGCCAACGGCCCCGACGUGCUGCCCUACGGCCCCGGCACCGGGCCGGGCGGCGCGGGGAGCCUGGCGGCUCAGCAGCAGGGCCCCGCGCCCCCCAAACCCGGCGGGAUGUACAACCCCACCUUCCCUGAGGCGCGGCAGGGUUUCGGCAGCCUGGCGCAGUACAACGUCCCCGGCGUGCGCCUGGGCGCUGUCCGACAGAUGUUCCCUUCCUCCGCCACCGUGCGGGCUGCCGACGGCAUGAUCUACUCCACCAUCAACACGCCCAUCGCCUCCACGCUGCCCAUCACCACCCAGCCGGCCUCGGUGCUGCGGCCCAUGCUGCGCGGGCUGUACAGACCCUACGGCCCAGGCGGCGUGACGGCGGUCCCGCUGGCCAGCCUGGCCAGGCUGCCGGUCGUCUCGCCCCGCAUCCCACUGGCAGCACAGAGCCUCUACCGCUACCCAGCUCCUGGCCGGCCGGCCCCGGCGGCCUCGCUGAUGGAGACACCCGUCUACCUGGGCAAGCCCGUCAGCACGACACCAGCUGCAGCGGGUGCCAGUCCCGCUCCCAAAGCCCCCACUGUCCCCGCCGGCGGUUUGCAGAGAGCGGAGCCAGCGGGGGCCGCUCCCCGUGCCGAGGGUCCGGCGGCACCGGCGGCCGGCAAGGAGGGCGGGCAGGUGGCCGCGGUGCCCAAGCCGCCGCCGGAUGGGGCUCAGAGGGAGGAGCGGGAGCGGGAGGAGGAGCGGCAGCGCAAGCAGCAGGAGCACGUGCUGCAGCUGGAGCGGGAGCGUGUGGAGCUGGAGAAGCUGCGGCAGCUGCGGCUGCAGGAGGAGCUGGAGCGGGAGCGCGCGGAGCUGCAGCGGCACCGGGAGAAGGAGCAGCUGCUGGUGCAGCGGGAGCUGCAGGAGCUGCAGUGCAUCAAGCAGCAGGUGCUGCAGCAGCAGCAGGAGGAGCGGCACGCGCAGCUGGCGCUGCAGCGGGAGCAACUCGCCCAGCAGCGCCUCCAGCUUGAGCACAUCCACCAGCUCCAGCACCAGCUCCAGCAGCAGCUGGAGGAGCAGAAGCGGCAGAAGACCGCCUUCCCCGCGCCCGCCGAGCCCGUCGCCCGCCCGCCCGAGGGGCCCGCUGAGGUGCCGCGGGGCCCGCCGCUCAACGGGCAGGCGUGGCCCCCGCCAGGCCAGGCGCCGCCGGAGGGGCCCGCCGGCUCCCGCUACCCCGCGCCACAGCGACCACUCAGCAGCUCAGCCUCGGACAUGUCGCUGCAAGCCGAGGAGCCCUGGGAGCCCGCCCGGGGCAUCAAGAAGAGGAACUCAAUGCCGCGGCUGCGGGACGCCUACGAGAAGGAGGCGGUGCGGGAGGCCUUCGCGGCGAGGAAGACGGCAGACAGCAGCGUGCAGACGGACGAGGAGGAUGGCGAGGAGCGGUACCUGCUGUCGCGGCGGCGGCGGGUGCGGCGCAGCGCUGACUGCAGCGUGCAGACGGACGAGGAGGACAGCGGGGAGUGGGAACAGCCCGUACGCCGCCGGCGCUCCCGGCCCUCGCGGCAUACCGAGGCCAGCGCUGAGGGCAAGUCGGAGGGGGCGGCCCGUGGCACGGCCAGCGUGGGCAUCCAGACCAUCAGCGACUGCUCGGUGCAGACAGAGCCCGACCAGCUCCUCCGCGUCUCCCCCUCCAUCCACAUCACCACCCAUGACCCCCGCGUGGAGAUCGUCAAGUACAUCUCGGCCCCGGAGAAGACGCAGCGGGGCGAGAGCCUGGCCUGCCAGACGGAGCCGGAGCCUGCUCCCCAGCCCGGCGUCGUGGUCCCUCAGCUGACGGUGCCCACCACCAUCCCGCCCUACUCCACCAACAUCCAGAUGGUGAGCACGGGCCCCCUGGACCCCCACGCCGUCCGGCAGCAGACCCUUGGCAAGUUUGAGAAGAAGAAGCCGGACCCCCUGGAAAUCGGCUACCAGUCCCAUCUGCCAGCCGAGUCCCUCUCCCAGCUGGUGACCCGCCAGCCGCCCCGCUCUCCCCAGGUCCUCUACUCACCCGUCUCCCCCCUUUCUCCCCACCGCCUCCUGGAGUCCUCCUUCGCCACCAGCGAGCGGCUGAACAAGGCUCACGUCCCCCCGCAGAAGCACUUCACCGCCGACUCGGCCCAGCGCCAGCAGACGCUGCCGCGACCCAUCAAGACCAUGCAGCGCUCCCUCUCCGACCCCAAGCCCAUCAGCCCCACCGCCGAGGAGGCCGGCAAGGACAGGUUCUCCCUCUACCAGCACCCGCUGCUCCCCGGCACCCAGAUUGGGGGGCUUCAGUCGAGCCCGCUGGCGCGCAAGGUGAAGCGGACGCUGCCCAGCCCGCCGCCCGAGGAACCCCACGUCCCCCUGGCCAGCCCGGCCGCCCCCCAGCUCUACCUGAGCAGCCAGGCCCCCAAGGCCACCGCGCCGGUCACCAAGGCCAGCCUGCUGAAGGAGCUGGACCGCGACCUGAAGCUGGUGGAGCACGAGGCCACCAAGCUGCGGAAGAAGCAGGCGGAGCUGGACGAGGAGGAGAAGGAGAUCGACGCCAAGCUGAAGUACCUGGAGCUGGGCAUCACUCAGCGCAAGGAGUCGCUGCUGAAGGAGCGGGGGGGCGGGCGGGACCACCCCUACCUGCGCUGCCCCGGGGAUCGCCGCGACUACCUGUCCGACAGCGAGCUGCACAGCCUGCGCCUCGCCGCCUACGACGGCGCCAGCCUGCGCCCCGCGCCCGCAGGGCAGUACCCUGACUUCGAUGCCGCCGCCGCCGCCUCCUACGGCGCCUACCCGUUCCCCGCCCUGCAGGGCCCUGCCGCCUUCCCGCCAGCGCGCCUGCAGCCCGGCCAGUACCCCGUGGCCAGCACCUCGCAGGAUGGCUUGCCGGCAGCCCCGCUGCCCGCCUUCGCCUCGCCCGGCGCCUUCCCGGCCCCCGGCGCCGCGUACCCAGAGCUGGGCACCCCAGGCCAGCCGGGAUUCCGGCCCCAAAACCCCUACCAAGCCCCGAGCGCCUUUGCCGCGGCGGCUGCCGUGCCGGCGACGCAACCUGCCCUCUUCCAGAGCCUGGCGGAGGUGGCCGGCGGGCAUCAGAAGCCACGGCAGACCUCGCUGGCCGACCUGGAGGAGAAGAUCCCCACCAACUACGAGGUCAUCAGCACGGCCACCAGCUCCUCCACCGUCCCCGAUGUCACCUUCAGCGCCACAAUGGCAAGUGGCGGCUACGAGCAGUACAAGGCACCUGAGGCCCGGCCGGCCGAGAGAGCCAGCGUGGCACAGGGCCCCUCGGCCAGCUUCUCUUCCGAGUCCCUCUACACCAGCCUGGAGCAGAACAUCCCCCGUAACUACGUGAUGAUCGAGGAUAUCAGCGAGCUCACCAAGGAGAGCCCAGCGGUGGAGGGGCAGAAAGCGGAGCCGGUGGGCACAGGCGCCGAUGGCCGCCACGGCAGAGAGAAGAGCGAGCUGGGGGAUGCCGAGGGCUCCAGCCGGCCCUGCUGCUACGCCAAAGCCGAGGAGGAAUCCGAGGAGGACGUCUAUGACCACCACGGCCCUGACCAUCGAGGGAAGAACAGCUACCACCGGGGCGCGGAGAGCAACGGCAGGGUGUCGGGGAGCUCUGCCGGCUCAUCCUACUACUAUGGGGACAGCGAGUACCGGCACUCCUCGCGGGCCGACAAGCACGGCUCCAGUGCAGCACUGCCAAAGCAUUCAUCCAAGAACCUGGCGCCCGCCGUUGUCUCCUCGAAGCGCAGCAAGCACAGGAAGCAGGGCAUGGAGCAGAAGAUCUCCAAGUUCUCUCCCAUCGAAGAAGCCAAAGACGUGGAGUCGGACCUGGCCUCCUAUGUGGCAACAACCUCGGUCGGCAGCAGCAACGUGGCCUCCAGGGCCAAGAAGCUGCAGGAGGAGAUCACCUACGGCCUGAAGAAGAAUGUCUACGAGCAGCAGAAGUACUACGGCGUCUCCAGCCGGGACCUGGUGGACGAGGAGGAGCGGGUCUACUCCGUCGGCAGCAGAACCCGCUCCUCCGGCUACGGGGUGGAAAAGUCCUCCGGCCGGGAGGCGAGUGGCCGGAGCAAGUCCUACGAGCGCGAGGGCAUGGAGCGCUCCCAGAAAGGCGGCUCCAAGCCCUCGUCCCUCAGCAUGAGCCAGAGCCGCGGGCGGGCGCCCGUCCGCGCGCAGCCCUCGGAGGAGGAGAGCCCCGUCAGCCCCCUGGGGAAGGCGGUGGGGGGGUCACGCGCUGCGGGGGGGCCAGUCUCCCAGUCGGCGGGGGACCCCUGCUCCCAGUUCUGCUCCAGCCACUCGUUGCCUGAUGUGCAAGAGCACAUCAAAGACGUGCCAAGGAGUCACUCGUACAAGCACGAGGAGGGCUACGGCAUGGACGAUGCCCAUUGCGUUGUCUCGGACAGCGAAGCCUAUCAUUUGGGUCAGGAGGAGACAGACUGGUUUGAUAAGCCCAGGGAGGCGCGGGCGGAGAGGGUCAGGCACUACGGUGGCCACUCUUCCUCGCAGAAGAGACCCCCGGCUAAGCACACCUACCACGACUACGACGAGCCCCCCGACGAGGACCCGUGGCAGCACGAUGACUACCCCCAGCACCGCGAGCACCGGCACCACGGGGAGUACGGGCGCCACACUGGCACCUCCCGGCACGCGAGUGACGAGCCCCCGCGCCGCUCGGCCAAGCAGCACCCACGGGAGCCCGGCCGCCACGAGCCCCGCGGCCACGGGCCGCCAGCCGCUCCCAAGAAGGCGCAGCAGCCCGAGCCCCGCGCGCCCGCGCCCUACGGCCCCAGCUCUGCCGAGUACGCCCCGCCGUCCCGCCCCGCCGCUCACCACCACGGCGCUGAGACCCCCAAGGCACAGAAGCCCCCCCAGCCACACGGACCGGCCACCCCGACACCGAAGCCAGAGCCCCUCGCACACCCACAGCAGCCGGCAGCCAGGCAGCAGCAGGCAGGGCAGCAGGCAGCGCGGCAGCAGCCAGCGGCGCGGCAGGCUGCCCAGCCGGCGGGCUCGGCGCAGCCUGAGGCCAGGGGCAGGACGCAGGGACCCCCGUCGUCUCGGCCACCACAGCAGCAGCCAGGGCCAGCCCAGGCGGCGGGGAAGGCGCCGGCCACGCUCCACGCGCAGCCGGGUGGGCUCGCGGCGCCGGCGCCAAAAGCGGAGCAGACGGACGCAUCCAAACCCGCAGCGAAAGUGCCACAGCAGCCAGGGAGAGCACCCACGGCGCAGCCCCUGGGAGCAGCAGCGGACAGCAAGGCCGGUCCAAGGGCGGCCGGGCCGCGUGGUCCCACCGGCCCGGCAACGGGGCAGCCCGGGGCGGAAGGAGAGAGCGUUUUCUCCAAAAUCCUGCCGGGGGGGGCAGCGGAACAAGCAGGCAAACUGACCGAAGCGGUGUCGGCUUUUGGCAAGAAGUUCACUUCGUUCUGGUGAGAGAACGGCACAAGGAGUUUGGGAAGCAAGUGGAGAUUGAGUCGUUGCAGUGGAAAAACCUAUGAAGAAGCCAGUGAAUUCAGCACGCGGCGCCAGACUCUGAGUAUAACGCUUUUGAAAGCAGGGCGAUCCCUGGAUGCUGGACCAAACGGCGGCCGAACGGGGGCCUGGCGGACGCCCCCGCCAUGCCUGGCGAGCAGCUCCGGUGCGGCACGUGGCAAGCCCCGGCACCAGGCGGGCAGACGCACCCUCCGCCCCCCCACGGCUGCCCCGAGGGGACGGGCCUGAUCCUGACCGUCGGGUCAGGCCCCAUAGGUGGGCCGCGGCCCUUUCUCAAGAUUAUACGCAGAGUUGCUCCCUCCGAACCCCAGCUCUGGCCUCUUCAUAGGUUUUUCCCCGCCGCGAGCCGAGGGCUGGGCGCCGCGGGCGCUGCUCCUCCUUCCCAACCCCGUCCACCCCGCCGGGGCCGUCCCCGCGCCCCCUGCACUGCGGCCCGCUCCUGGCCCCGCCAGGGAGCCCCCGGAGCGCGUCAGCUAGGACCUAACACUGUUUCACUACCGAAAUACGAGGCCAUAGGACUCUGACAGGCGGCAUGACCGGCCUUUGCCGAGGCGGCCGCCGGCUGGGUGCGCAUCCCGACACGCGGCGCUGCCCCAAAGCCAUUGGAAGCAUUGAAAGGGCCGCGCUCGCCCUCGCCACGCAGCCAGCGCGCCUGCCGCCGGGCACCCCUUUUCUUUCAAGAACAGCCUUAAUCAUCCCACUUUGAUUUCUGUGUAUACCUCAUCCGCACCGGGGGGGGGGGGGGGCACGGGGCGUCGUCGGGGGGGGGUCUUUUUUUCUCAGUUUCUCUGGGUUCAUUUUAUUUUGGUUCUGGGUUUGGUUUUGUUUUGGUUUUUUUAAACUUUAUACCAAAUCCUCUUCCCUCUUUGCUUUGUGCGAUGAGUUAGCACACGGGGCUGUCGUCUGUAGAAGCAAUAGAGUGCAGGAGGCUACAAAAGAGCACAAAUCCCGUGGAACAAGAUCAGGAGAGCUUUGCCUCCGGCAGUAUCCUUCCUCUUACUGUGCAAUCCAAGUCCUUCUCAAGCCAUUUCGCGGGGACGCGGGGACGGCCGGCGCGGUGGCCAAAGCCCGCUCGCCCCGCCAGGAAGGGGGUUCCCCGGAGGGGGGAGGCAGCCCGAAGAGGGGGCUCGCCGGCGUACAGCCGCGCGUGCCGCCCGCGCCCCGCCGCCUCCCCACGCCGGCGGCACCCCGCUCCCGGUGCCCCCCGCGGCGGGCGGCAGCCACCCGCUCACCCGCCUGAUGUUCUAUGCAACGAAAUAACACGACUCCAGAACAAGACCUGUGAAUAGCUAAUCAGUUCAAUGUCGCGCCUAAGGGUUUCAUCGCAAAGCGUGCCGCCGAGCGACCCGAUAACUACUCUUUAACGACCACCCGUGCGUAUGAAUUCGUGGCAUGUUCGACCCACGGAGGGCCACUUUGCCAAAGGGCAGCCCUAGCGCCCCUGACCGUCUGUCCCGUCGUAGAGCAUGGCUUGCUACUUCUCUGCACGGUUCCACCCGCCUUUCAGUGCUUGCUGGUUUUUGCCUGGACUUUUUCUUUUUUUUUUUUCUUUUCCAUCAGUCCAUCGCUGUACUGAAAGCUCUUAGCAGAUUUAUGCACUUGUUAUGGAGGACCCGGUCGCCGCGGGAAGCCCACGCUCCGUGGCAGGUCCCUCGCGGGGGGGGGGGUCUGCCUGUGCCCGAGACUGGGGGAGAGGCCAGCAGCUGUGGGACGGGGGGGGCACGGCGGUCCCGUGGAGGAGAACCCCGGCCCUGCGCCCACCCGCCGCCUCUCCCUGCCGAUGCCAAGUGCAUGGCCCAAGGGAGGGUGCCUCCUCCGGGCCCCCGGCCCCCGCUGCUCCUCGCGCUGUAAAUACUUGUACAGUGUGUAAACCGUACGCGGGACCGAGACCCCCGUGGGGGCCCGUCUCGUCGCCCGACCACAUCUGCCACCUCGCCUCCGCACCUGCCGGGACCGGGGGCCCGUAAGCCCACCCUGCCGGGCCGGACCCCCAGCCCUAAUUGUGGCAGUCUGGUGGCCGGGGCAGGGGGACGGAGGGUGCGAGGACGAGGGGCCGAGCGCGGCCGGGCGCCGUUUCCAGCGGUAAGUGCGAUGCCGGGUGCGCUCCCUCUGAACAUUGUGACGGUGUGCGUGUCUGCUGUGCUCUGUGCCACCCGUAGUGACCCUGUACCGUGCCGUACCGUGCCGUACCGUGCCGUACCGACCCCGCCGCUGUGUCGUGACUCCCUCCCAGAAGCUGCCCCCUCACCAGGUGUUUCUGUGGGAACAGAAUAAAAAGGACUUGA